UUGUAUAUCUCUCUAACAAAUAUAGAUCAUAUUUAAUAACAAUUUACUACUGAUCGUUUAUUAAAUUGUUGGUUUGUUUAAGGAAUAAUUAUGGAAGAGAUAUAUAUUAACUAAAGGAUUGAAGAAUAACAAUGUUGCGGUCUGUUCUUUUUAAGAAUUUUGUGAAGUUUGAAAAAUAUCAGGUGAUGGACUUUUCAAGUGAUGGGCCUUUCAUUCUCAUCGGUGAAAAUGGGUCUGGGAAAAGUUCCGUUUUAGAGGGUAUCCGACGUUGUUUGAAAUUAAAGCUGAGUACAUCAAUGUCUUCGAUAUUUGAUACGAAAACAAUGUCUUAUUUCAUUUGUACAGCUGAAACUGCUGGUUUACAGGAUGAAAAAAAUGUUAUAUUCGGUAUCGUUGCCAUGCCUAAAAAAGGUGCCAUGCCUAAAAUUGGAAAUGAGCUUUUAAAUCAAAGUAGUUUAUUUUGGUUUUAUAAGUUUGCCUUUUCAAAGGAUGAUCAGAUAUUUAUUGAUUUGAUUUCUUCAUCAGAAGUUUCUGAGGGCGAAGUAGAGCUGAUUGUGUCUAACAGUUACACGUGUAGUGAUGGCGCAUUUAUUAAGGCUGUUUUAAAUCCUAAGCCCAAAGAGCACGAUAUAGAGACUUGCAUCGAUUCAAUUUUUGGAAAUCUCUACACAGACCAAACACCGUGUUCGGACAAAUUAGGACAACUCUUGUGCGAUUUAACAAAGCAGUUUGUAUUGACAUUCCCGUUGCGUUCCAUUGGCCCGCUACAGUGGUCUGAAAGUACCCGAAUCACCAGUGCAUGGCGAAAGGAAAAUUACAAUGAAGCUGAAAAAAGAUGUGAAAUAAUAAAACAUUUCUUAGAAGACAACGGCGAAACUUUUGACAAGGACAAAGAGAAAGAGUAUUUCCAACACUUAACGCAGAUAGAAAACUACGACUUCACACUUGAAGGUGGUAAGAUCUCUUUACCAAAGGGUUUUGCUUUGCUAAAAACGCCAGAAGGGAUCUUAGAAGCAAAAGCAUUUUCUAUCCUUAUAUCAAGUAAACAAUACAGAACUAUUUUGCUUGAAGAACCAGAUAGGGGAAUGCACCCACAAAUUCUUGACAGAAUGAUUGAAAUAAUCCAUCAAGAGAAAGACAAAAAAAGAGUAAUACUAACUACACAUCGGAAAGCAUUUAUUACACCCUGGACAGUAAGUGACACAUUCAUCUUCAAACACACGAAAGCUAACAAAGAAACUCGAAUUGUAUCUGGUACAGAUCUUUUUACUAAUAGAAAAGAUGGCAGUAUGAAUAAAAAGGCUUUGUUAACAUCACAUAAUAUACCAGAUAUUUUAUUUGCAAGCAAAGUUUUAUUUUACGAAGGUCUUUCAGAACAUUUAUUUCUCGGCGAGUUAAGGAGUCAAAUAUUGGCUGGAACCGAUAGUGUGACCUCAGGAGUGUUUGAAGAUGAUAAAGUUGAAGCAAACAAGAGAUUGAAGAAGAGCCUUAUGGAAUAUACAUUGGUUUGUAUGAACGGUAGGGACAAUCAGACAUUUUAUCACAAUAUAUCCAAAAAACUCGGUCUUGAUUUUUUAAUUCUACUAGAUAAGGAUAUUUUAUAUAAACAACUCGAAAAAGAAAAAAGAAAAAACAGAAUCAAAAUGGAAACACGAGAUGAAUUGGCAACGAAAAGGGAAGAGUAUUUGAAAGAAAAGAAUGUUUUCUUUUGGUUUGAUGGCGCUAUUGAGGACAUGGUGCAAGCGAUGUGUAAGAAAAACCAAGGUCUUAAAGAUAAGCUUGCAGAGCAGAAAAUGGAGUUUCCUCCAGAGGUUAGAGAAUGUACUUCAAACGGGCCAAAACUUUUCCUGCAUAAAGGUAUAAAGAAAGUACAUAUCACAGAGAGUGUCAAACUUCUGCUUGGUUACUGUCGUCUUGAGGACGAUCUUGCUGAAUUAAUUAAAAAGUUUGUCUAAUUAGGUGUAUGCACUUUAAUAGUAUCGUUCGCUGAUUUAUUUAAAAUGUAUCUUUUAUGACUUUUGUUUUGUUGGUUGCGUUUUUCUUUAUAGAAACACAAAAUCAUAGAUAUACUUGCCACAGUUCGGAUUAAAUAUAUUAUGGCAUAUAAAAUAAAAAUAA